UUUUGCUAUCGGGCACCGCGCACUAGCAAACAAACUGUGCAUCGGCAGUUUCGUGCGGGACAAUCUGAUCAAGUUGAAUAUUUGAAGAGUCAUUUCCAUUGAAGAAAGAGGAUAAUAACGACAAUGUACUGCGUAUUUUUCAUGUUACUUGGUGUUGUCAGCGCAAGAAGUAUAGACAACGGCACGACCACAGUAUCCAGCAAAAUUUUGGAAAAGAUUUACCCUGAAAAUAACGAUCAAAAAACGGUGUCAGAGAAAUGCGAUGUACGAGAUGACGAGAAUCAUGAUCGGUUUUGGGUUGCGAGGAACAUCACAGACUUGAUGAGCCAUCUUUUGGAGGGAUAUGACAGGAGAAUAAGACCAUUCUUUGAAAAUAGAGAGCCAAUGACCGUUAAAGUCAACACGUAUAUCACUGCGUUAGGGUCGUUUGAUGAAUUGGACAUGGAAUUCACGACGACGAUGUUUUUUCGACAAAUCUGGCACGACCCAAGGUUGGCAUAUGGUUGUCAUUACAAGCGUGAUUUUGUGACAAUGGGUGCUCCCAUACUCUCCCAAAUUUGGUUACCGGAUACCUAUUUCGAGUACGAGACAAAAAGUCAGCUGCAAAGCAAGAAUUUCUACCUUACCUUAUACAGAACCGGAAAAUUGAUAUUAAGUACGAGGAAUACAGUGUUAAGCUCGUGCAGCAUGCAUCUGAUAUCCUUUCCUCUAGAUGAACAAAAGUGCAACUUUUCAAUUCAGAGUUAUGGAUUUUCAACGAGAGAUGUCGUGUACAGAUGGAGUUCGAGUGAAGCCAAAGAUUCAGUAAAAUUCCCGGAGGAUUUCUCAAUGUCACAGUUCACAUUGGAAGGUUACAGAGUUUUUGAAAAGAACAGUUCAUACGAAACAGGUGAUUAUUCCGGAGUUAUCAUUGAACUCCAUUUGAAACGACGAUUUCUUUAUUACAUCAUUCAAAUGUAUUUGCCUGCUGUGAUGGUCGUCAUGCUCUCCUGGGUGUCAUUCUGGGUAGACAGCGACUCAGUACCAGCGCGUGUUGCGCUAGGAAUUACUACCGUCUUAGCGAUGACAACGCUCAUGUUUGGAGUUCAAUCAGCCUUGCCUAAAGUGCCUUACAUGAAGGCCGUGGAUUUGUUUCUAGCGUUUUCCUUUAUUUGUGUGUUUGCCGCCCUCGUCGAGUUCGCCGCUGUAAAUUACUACGUGACAAACGCACAGAAAACUAUCCUACAAAAGAAGAGAGAAAGAAGGAAAGUACUGAGAGAAAAAUGCAAAAGGAAUCCCAAGUUUCAAACUAUUGGUCAGUUGGUUUUGGGUAUGCAUGCGGACGACGAGGAUCUGGUGGCCCUUGGUAUGAAUCCAGGUGAUCUCGGCGGCAGUGUACCUGCCAGCACGUACAGCGGUUCACCAGAUGCCAGCCCGUACAAUGAAGAUCGAACAGCGGAACAACUUCUGAAGGAAGAGUCGUUCUCUGGCAGUUAUGAAAAAGAAAUUAAAUUGCUGAUGAAAAAAGUUUCAGCGAAUGCCAUCGACUAUCACUCGCGCACCAUAUUUCCCGUCUGUUUGCACUGUUCAAUCUAG